AUGAUGAAUGACAUGAAAUUACAACUGUUGACACGAAUAAAUCGCUUGAAUGCUUUAUUGAUGCGAAUUUCUGCAUUCAUGCGUUUUGUCAUCAUCGUCAUCCUUGAUGAGUUGAAGCACAAAAGAUUACGCAAAAUUCACGAUGUUCGUGAAAUACAAAGACAAAAUCGGAUAACACAACAGAUCAUCACAAAUUAUUUAGAACGAAAGCUUUUCCCGAAUCGAAGACCGCAGCAUCAAGCCCCAUCUGUAGAUGAGAUAAUUCAAAUACCCGGAAUUUCCGAAGAGACAAAGACUUUGUUGAUCGCAAAAGGAGGAAAAGACGACGACACGGAUCCGGAGACGUUGCAAAGUGUUGGCUCUGAAAACAUCGACAACAUUUUGGAUACUCCAAGUAAUUCUUAUAGAGACUGCUUAAACUGCGUGGAUGAUACAACAGUGCCGCCCAAUCGAUGGACAAUGCCGUUGACGAAAAUUGGCGAUAAACGUUAUUAUUUAGGAAUAUUCUUCAAGGCAAACUGGUUUAGAGCCUCACAAUAUUGCAGAUAUCACGGGAUGCAUCUUGCAAGUAUUUCGAGCCAAGAAGAGAAUGAUCGCCUCGAGAAAUACAUUAAAGAUUAUGGCUAUGGCAAUGAACAUUUUUGGACUUCAGGCACUGAUUUAGCAGAUGAAGGAAACUUUUUCUGGAUGGCAACAGGACGCCCAAUCACUUUCACUAAUUGGAAUGCGGGAGAACCCAACAAUUUCCGAUACGAGAAUGGCGAAGAAGAAAAUUGUCUCGAAUUAUGGAAUCGUGAUGGAAAAGGUCUGAAAUGGAACGAUUCGCCGUGUAGUUUUGAGACAUAUUUUGUGUGUGAAGUACAAUAAAAAAAAAACGUUAAUUUAUAG